GGACCCCCCGCCCCGGGACCCCCCGCCCCGGGACCCCCCGCCCCGGGAACCCUCCGCGGCCGCCCCCUCGGCCCCGAGCCGCGGAGGAGGCGGAGGAAGCGCAGGCGAGUGCAGGAGGGAGGAGGCCGCAGCGCCCCCCCCCCCCCCCCCUUCGGCAGGGCCCGGCCCGCUGUGCCCGGGAUCCGCCCGUCUGUCCGCCCGUCUGUCCGCCCGUCGGUCGGCGCCCGCCCCGUGUUCGGUACCGGGCGGGGCGGCGGGAGCCGGGGCGCUGCCCUGCUCCUCCCCCGGGGCAAGGCUCGGCCGGGCCCUCCGCCCCCGCCCCGGGGAGCCUUUCCAGGGACCUUGAAAUCAGAAAAUAAACGCUCUUUCCCUUAAAUUGUCCCUCUAAACCCAAGCCCGACGCGCCCGGUGGGUGCUGCGCCGCGCCCGGGCCCGGCUGAGCACCCGCUCUCUGCUCUUCCCCUUCCAGCGCUCCCUCCAUCAACCUGACCAGCUGCAAGUACGAGAGCGGUGAGUCCCGGUGCCGCAGCGUGUCCCUCGGCCAGCCCACCCACGGCGAGCGCCCGGUACCGAGUUAACGGGGAGUUAACGGGGCGCCGUCGCUCCCGCUUCACGCACUGACUGGUUGCGAGCGACUUGGGGCCCCCCGUGGAAGUUGGGAAGGUUUUCCCGCUGUGCACUGAGGUGCCCUCUGGUUUACGAGAGGCACGAAACGCGCGGCAGCAGCGCGAGUGCGUCGGCCCUCGACCACCCACCCGCCAGCACCGGCGAGAAGGGUUCGGUCGGGGGCAGCUCCGGUGCAGAGCUGGUACCUGUGCUCGGGGAAAUGGCCUGAGAGGCUCCACUCCUGAACGUGAAGCCGGUGGUGGAACAGGCAGGAUCGGUAUCCACAGCCUCUCCCUUCGCCGUCCAUCCCCGGUGACGUGCUCCAGGGAGCUCGUUCCCCUCCCCUGCCUUGCUCUCCUUUGCUGCCACAAACUGGUUCUUAAAAGAACCGGCUCCUGUCGUUUGCUGGGUGCCGUUGGCCGGUUUGCUGACGGCUGUUCCAGCACUGCAACCACGUUUGCGUUGCCGAAGGUUCGCAGCCUGCUCAGCUGCGCCGGGAAGGCGGAGGGGCAAGAGCCGCGUUUGGCCCCGGGCCGUGCUCGGGUUUUUUUUGGCGAGGGGAGGUGGGUGGGGACCCGCAGCAGGACCCAGAACCGCUCCGCAACGGUUCCUAGGCUUCAUCGCCUCCCCAGCCCCCCGAGAGGCCAAAUUCAGAACCAGCACCAACACGAACCACCCCAGCAGCAACCUUCUGCUCCAGGUAGCUUUUGAUUUCGAAGGUGACACUCAUACCUUUGGAAGACUUGUAUCUGCCCGCGCGGUGUCAGACCCACGGCGCGUUCACGCCUGCUGUAGUUCAGCAGGUGCUGUGGGACCCCGAGGCAUGUGGGCUUAGGGGGCUGAUAGCUCCCAGUACGCUAGCAGCCAGAGACUGGGGUGAGUUUAGCUGGGCAAAGCUUGUAUUCCUGACACCCCCUGAAGGGCCCCGCCAAUGCCUCCCGUCUCUGAGAGUGGAACUGCGGCCUGGAGAAGUUUGUUCCACUCCUCCGUCUCUGGUUACUUUGGGGAUUUAACAUCCCUGGCGCUCACGUCCUCUGCCUGGCCCCUGUCGUGUGCUUGCUUUGGUACAGUGCGGCGGGCAGCACGGUGCUGCGGGCUGAAAGAAGUGGGAGAAAACGAGGAGUGGACGGUGUAUUGGACGGACUACUCGGUCUCUCUGGAGCGCGUCAUGGAAAUGAAGCGGUUUCAGAAAAUCAACCAUUUCCCAGGCAUGAUAGAGAUCUGCCGUAAGGACUUGUUGGCUCGCAACCUUAACCGCAUGCUCAGGCUCUUCCCCAAGGAGUACAAUAUAUUUCCCCGCACUUGGUGCCUGCCAGCUGACUAUGGAGAUUUCCAGGCCUACAGACGCAUGAGGAAAAACAGAACAUUCAUCUGCAAGCCAGACAGCGGCUGCCAGGGGAGAGGGAUCUUCAUAACACACAAUCCCGAGGAGAUCAAACAUGGAGAGCAUAUGAUCUGUCAGCAGUAUAUCUCCAAGCCGUUCCUUAUUGACGGCUUUAAAUUCGACAUGCGUAUCUAUGUGCUGGUUACAUCUUGUGACCCGCUGAGGAUUUUUGUCUACGAGGAGGGUCUGGCCCGGUUUGCCACCAUGAGGUACAUCGAUUCCAGCAGCAGAAACCUGGGUGAUAUCUGCAUGCAUCUGACCAAUUAUGCUAUCAACAAACAUAACGAAAACUUUGUCCAGGAUGGCACGGUGGGCAGUAAGAGGAAACUGUCCACCCUGAAUGCCUGGAUGACAGAUAACAACUACAACACAGCAAAGCUCUGGGAAGACAUUGAAGAUAUUAUUAUAAAGACUCUUAUUUCAGCUCACCCUGUUGUGAAGCACAAUUACCAAAGCUGCUUUCCGAACCACACGACUGGCUCUGCCUGCUUUGAGAUACUGGGUUUUGAUAUUUUGCUAGACAGAAAGUUGAAGCCGUGGCUGCUAGAGGUGAACCACUCUCCCAGCUUCACCACAGACUCUCGCCUAGACCGCGAGGUGAAGGAUGCUCUUCUCCGUGAUACCAUCAACCUGAUAAAUUUGCAUGCCUGCAACAAAAGGAAGGUGCUGGAGGAAGACAAACAGCGGGCGAAGGAACGGCUCCUCCAGGCCCAUCAGACGCUCCGUGCAGCCAGACGCGAGGAGUUAGAGAGCAACCAGGCUGCCUGGCUGUCUCGGGCAGAGAAGUACGAGAACUCGCACCUGGGCCGUUACCGGCGCAUCUAUCCGGCACGUGGAACAGAGAAGUACGAGCCAUUUUUCAAGCAGAGUGGCUCCCUCUUCCAGGAAACAGCCGCGUCCAGAGCACGGGAGGAGUGUGCCAGGCAGCAACUGGAGGAAAUUCGCCUAAAAAAAGAAAAGUUGGAAGCUGUUACUAAGAAGAAGAAAAGAGAGAGGAAGGAAGAGCUGCAUGGAGAGUCAGCUGGAGACAAAUCCCAGAUCCAUAAUAAAACCACAGCCCCUACCACUCGCCUCACCUAUAGCAGUACCAGGAUGUGGGAUAGAAGGCGCAUGCAGUACGACUCUAUGCAACCCCAGGAUAUUGUGGAGAAUGAGGAGAAGAGGAGAAUAAAUGCCCUUCUGCAGCGCGAGAACCUUAUCCGAGGCCUGGGCAUCAUAGACCAGCUCUGCCAGCUGCUCCCCACAACCAGCAGACCAGCCGACACCCAGACAUCCUGCGCCGUUCUCCCCACGAGCCAGCCGCAGUUCGUCUGGGAUGUGCUCAGGGACCAGGAGGCCCAACGCUUAAUGACGCCCAUCCCCUCCUCGCUCCUGGGAGGUCCGGUCCGGCCUUCGGGACGGCGGUUCACACGCAAGCCCGCAGCCAACGCCGAGCUGCCGGCCGGCCUGGGCUCGGAUCCUGCCGCCGCGGGCACCCUCUCCGUCCGAGGCCAGGGCAUCCCUUACCGUGAGCAGCACAAGGUGCGGCAGAGCCUGCGGGCGCAGGACGGGGGCUGGCUGUGGGGCCGGGCAGCACGGACCCAGCCCUGCCCCGAGCCCGGGGGGCUGCAGGUGAGAGGCCGGCGGCUACCUGGUGCUGGACACAAGGCUGCAGGCUGCUGUGAAGCUGGCAGGCUGUCCUCCCACGCAGGCAGCUGCCACCCGGGGUCCCCGGCCAGCGUGGGGAAGGUGCCAGGCGACGGCAUCUUCAGCCCCGCCGCGGUCCGGGUCUCCGCCACCGCCCACGUGCCGCCCACGCGUGUCUCGCACACGCGCAGCGUGAAAAGCACAGGGCGCGGCGGCGGCGGGCGGCGGCGAAGCUGCGGCGGGAGCUGGGCGGCGGCGGCGCCCCCGAGCGCACCCUGACCCGGCAGGCCAUGGAGCAGAUGCGGUGAGCGGCGGGGCCGGGACCGGGACCGGGAGGGAAGGGCCGUGCCCCGGUGACCGUUGCCGUCCCCCCGCAGGUUCCUGCGGCAGGAGCUGCCCGAGGAGUGGCCGCCGGAGCGCCUGGCCCGAGGAUUCGGCGUCAGCCCCGACGUGGCGCGGCGGGUGCUGCGGGGCCGGGGAUGCCGCCUCUC